AACUAGAAAACGUCAAUUCCAUUCCCAUAUGACUGAUGUAGGUUAUGUUGUGACAAGUGUGAUUUAUAGUUUAUUUUUUGUUAUUUAUGGAAACAGGAGUUUAAAAAAUGACAAGUAGAGCAAAAAAUGUAACAACUCGAAUUGAAGUUGAUAUUGAGAAAAACAGGGAAGAAGGCAACUGGUUGAAGGUCAUAGAAUUAGCCGAACAACUCAAAGAAAAGUCGCCAGAACUUGUGUGUCUGGGGGACUUUUUAAUAGGCGAAGGCAAAUUAGAGAAUUACUUGGAGGAAUGGCCCCCAGUUGAGGCCAACAUUGACAGGGCCAAAAUUGGCCUAAUUGACGCAAAAAGAUACCUAACUUUGGUUAUCAACGAUGCGGGAAUUAAGGCAGGCGUUGCAAUGGACGCCCACCUCCUCUUGGGUAAGCUCCACUACGCCUCUGGUCAGUACUCUGUUGCCCUUAAACACUUCAAAUCGGCCGAACUUCACAACCUCUCGCAGAAAAAACUCCCACUCCGCAGUUUACGCAUCGUCGCCGAAUCGUACGCCGUCAACGGCCUGUGCCUCCAGAAAGACACGACCUCGACUAGCAAAUUCAAAAAAGCCGAAAAAGAGGAAGAAAUGUCCAAAUGUUUCGGUCUCGCCUCCGAUUUGAGUCUCCUCUACAUGCAAAAACUCGAAAAAGAGCCCACCGGGACAACGGGCACCACAGGCACACACUCCCCCCAGCCGCCACCCUCCCACAAAUCCCUCGGGAUCAUCCUGGAGCAAGCCAUGCAGGAAGGACCCACCCUUUCCUUGCAGCUGGGCAAGCCUGAGGAGGCUCUGGAGCGGUACAGGGCCUUCUUGUGUGCGGUUGAAACGCACGGGGGGCACGCCAUUCGCUUGAAAUUCAUGUGUCAGAUGGCAGAGUUGAUUUUGCAGGUGUUGUUGGGGGAUAAAUACGCGCCACCGCUCAAUUCGCUACCUAAACCUGCCAUUUGGAAACCAAAGUAUUACGCGUCUUUGAAUCAGUUUGUUCCGAGGAAUGAGUGCGAGGAGACGCUCUUGUUGCUGCUGAUUGCGGAAUCGAUGGCUGUUAGGAAUGCGGUUUUGUCGCAAUCGCCAGAGUUUAAGGAAGUUAGGCUGAGUGCGUAUCAAGACGCCACCAGGGUUUAUGACUUGUUGACGGUGGCCACGGUUAGGUGGGGGCAAGUGACGCUGCUUCAGGAGUCUUUGGAACGCUCCAUGAAGUUUUCCUUCGAGGAGCCCCACUUGUGGAAACAACACGGUCUUAGCCUUUUGGCCACCGGCCGCUACGUGCACGCUUUAGCCGUUCUCAAAGAAGUCAUCCGUCUUGAACCUAACAAUGCUAGUAACUGUUUACUGGCUGCAAAAAUCUGCUACGAACACUUAAACCUAGCCGUAGAAGGCACCAAUUUCAGUAUAGAGGCUAAAAAGAAGGACAUGCAAUGUAAUUCGGGUUUGAUCGGCCGUUGUUACCUUUACAUAGGCAUAGGUUAUUACUUACAAGCCGAAUCCUGUCUCCUCAAAAAAGACAAGGAGGAAUUAUUGAAUCGGGCUUUAGAAAAUUUCAAAAACGCGGUCGAGAUUGAACCCAACGACCACUUGUGUCACUAUUAUCUCGGGCUUCAAUUGGCGGUCUUGGGUAAGAUUAGUGAAGCGCAAAACCACGUCAGGAUAUCUCUAGAUUUACGAUCGGAAAGUUCGUCCACGUUACAUCUACUAGUGUUGCUUUUAACUGCGGAAAGGGAGCAUAAAAACGCCCUAACUAUUGUGGAAAACGCCCUAGAGGAGUACCCCGACUGUCUUAAUUUAAUGUACGUUAAGGCCCACCUAGAACUACACGAAGAAGGGGGCGAGAAGGCUCUAGUAACAGCCAAACAAAUGCUCGAGCUGUGGAAAAACCUCUACGAAGGUCAAUUAAAUUCCGACGUUCCGGAAUGCGACCGAAAAAGCGAUACACGUUCAGUCUUCCAGUUAUACACCUCUGAAAUGUCCGACCGGGAUUCGAGUUCAUUACAGCUGCACAACACCGCGGCUUCGAGAGUCGAGCAAGCCCUAAGUGAAGUCGCGAGUUCGUUGAGUAGUUUUAGCCCGCGGCCUGGCCCGCAGAGGGCGUGGAUGUUGCAAGUUGAGGUAUGGUUACUGUUGGCUGAACUGUACUUAGCGAUGGACCAACCGGCCGAUGUGCAACAAUGUAUACAAGAAGCCACGCAAAUAUACCCCUUAAGUCACCAUAUAAUGCAUAUGAAAGGGCUGCUGCACAUGCAUAAGCAGGAGUGGCCCGAGGCGAAACUGUGCUUCCAAAAUGCUGUCGCGAUCAAUCCACAGCAUGUCAAGUCGCUGCAAGAGCUGGGGUUGGUUUACCACUAUCUGGGGUUGCAAGGGUUGGCCGAGACCACGUUCAGGGAGGCGGCGAAAAUCGACCCCAAAAAUCACAUCACAUGGUAUAAUUUAGGUAAGGUGUUGGAGGCGCUAGGCGAGUACGAGAAGGCGAGCAAUGCGAUGGCGACGGCCCUCAUGGAGGAAAAAAAUAAUCCGAUACUUCCCUUCAAUUCAGUUCCUCUUUGUUUUGAAUAAUGCGUUGUUACUUGUUACUUUAUUGUUACGUAAAUAAUGGUGAUUGUACUUAACUGUGUUAUAGGUUAAUUUGUACAAUUUUAGUCGUUGAUGUUUGUGUAUGUCAUAAUUAAUGUGAUAGAAGAGCGAUACAGUAAUUUGAGCGAGUUUCAAGUUUCCGAUCUGGGUUUUAAGGUUGUUGCUAGUUUGCGUAAUUAAAGGUAGAAACGAGUGGUGGCGCUACGACUCACCUAGUCAUAAUAUUUACUGAGGCAAUACUUAAAAUUCCGAUUGGGGAACAAUAUACCAUAAAAAUUGUUUUAAAUUGUAAAAAUUACUCAACUGAUGGAAAGAGAUAUUAUAUCAGAUUAAAACAAUAAUAUUGUUUUAUAUUUUAAUUAUACAUUUUUAUUAUGA